GGGGGGAUGUACAACUCAACAGCUGCACGCCAAAUAAAAAGUCGUGGCCCUCCGUAGCCAUUUUGGCUCAAGAUACAAGCAUCCCUACAAAUUACACAAGCCCUUUGGAGUGAGCUGUUUUUUGUUCACGCCUCCCCAGACAUGGGUGUGAUGCCGUCCGCCGUGUUUUCUGUGUCUUUUCUGUUGUCCACAGGGGGUUGCUGCGCAACUGAGCUGAAGACCUACAUGGCCCGGACGGACGGGUGGGUCAUUGAUUCGGCAAACGCACGCUCCUGCACUGCGAUAUGCAGCGAGGUCGGCAAGACGUGCACAGCUGCGAGCGAGACGAUCAUGACUAACGCCGCUGCGUCGGCAAGUGCCCUCAAGACCGCCCUCGGCAGCCAGUUCUCCACAUUCUGCCCAGGUGGUGUCCAGGACACGAAUCCCAGUGACGACGUGCCCUUUCUGUUUGCCCCGGGCAACUUCUGCGAGUACGGCCGCGGGAGCUACAGAUCGAGGUGCGAGACUGCAGGUGAAAAUUGGAAGGUGCGGCGGAUCUGCUACUGCCAGGCGACGCCGGCGCCUUCGCCAGCGCCGACGCCCGCACCAUCGGCUUCGCCAACGCCCGCACCAUCGGCUUCGCCAACGCCAGCACCGACGCCCGCGACCCCCUCACCGACGCCUGCACCUACGCAGGCGCCGACGCCUGCCCCUACGCCAGCCCGUACGCCUGCAGCGAUUGCUGCUGCAGUCGGGGAUCCUCACCUGGUAAAUAUACACGGGGAGCGUUUUGAUCUCCUCAAAGACGGCAGUCACUUGCUGGUCGAGGUCCCACAGUUUGCAGCGGAGAGCGCGACGCUCCUGGCCGUCGCGGCCGUGGCACAGCCGUUGUGGCGACGCAUGCUCGGACGUUUACUUUGUAUCCAUUAAUGUGACCGGUAAGUGGGCGGACGACGUGCGCGAGGGCGGCUUCCAUUACACGGCCAAGCAGCCGCAGGCCCAUCGAAAGGGAACGGGCUGGAUGAGCUUCCACAGCAUUAAAUUGAAGACCGUAUGGGGCCGUACUGGCGGAGGCAUUCCCUACCUGAAUAUGUUUGUCAAGAAUUUGGGCAAGUCGGGGUAUCCAGUCGGUGGUUUGCUCGGCGGUGGGGACCAUUCCUCCGUCACCAAUCCCGAUUUGCGCUGCAAGCGCUACCUCGCAUUUUAAGCGGACUUAGGACUCAGGACUCAGGACAGAGAAUUCGUGCGCGAGCCAAGCAUGUCCAUCUGUCGUUCAAGUGCCGUGUGGGAGAAAUAAUGCUGGGGUUUUUAGUUGCGUGGCACUGCAGCCCAAGGUAGCAGCGCAUUUUCACGCAGCAAUGUCCAGCGAGCUGCAGCCCAAGGUAGCAGCUCAUGUGCAGUGCUGGCCGCUGCAUCCCCGGCACCUUCUGCUGAGAACACAAGCCAUUGUGGCUCUUUCAGCGCAAGCACGCCGUGAACGCUGUCUGCAGGCGUUUGGCCUCUGACACUCUCGGGCGUAAGCGGACUGCGUGCUUGAAAGGUGUGUGGGACUCAUUUUGUCGCCUCGUCCUUGCGAGGUGUGAGAAGAAAAAAAGUCGUGGCCCUGCGCGGACUUCUCGGAUCUGCGCUGGGCCCCUGGCGGGGCCAGCGCAGACCCCAGGAAUCCGCGCGGACCUCCGACGGUUUAUAUGUUUCUGCCGUCGCAGAGCAGUCUCAGGAGGGGGGCGAGGCAGCGCCCACGGAUCGGCGAUGGGGGCCACUGGCUGCCCCGCCAAGGAACAUCCGGCCUCUCUCUCUCGGGGGCCCGUCGCCGAUCUGUCGACGAUGCAUCGCCGACCCCGGGUCGAGGUGUCCCCCCCCCCUCGGCCAGAUCGCCCCGAG